CUCUUUAUCUCCAGUACACUCUCCCUCUCAAUCCCCAUUUCUUCUACUAGACUGCCCUUCUUCUCAUCUCAGUAAAUACUAUCUCCCAGUGUCAGCCAUUGAAAUGGCGACUCCACAGCCAUUAUUCACCCUUUUCUUCCCUUUCUUGUUCGUCUUCAUUUCUUCAAUCAUAUUCUCAGUGGCUACUACAACAAUAUCAACAAUGUCCAAGGGCCAAAUCUCAUGCACAAUGUGCUCUGAGUGCAGCAACCCUUGUCAGCCCAUUCCCCCGCCGCUGCCUCCAUCGCCACCGCCUCCUCCUCCCACAAUUCUCUGCCCUCCUCCUCCUGCUCCACCACCACCACCUUCUUCCCCCGUCUCCGAUUGCCCGCCACCACCUGACAGCCUGCAGUUCCCUCCGCCACUCCCUCCCAUUGGUGGUAGCGGCAGCGGAGGCGGAGGAGGUGGCGGUGGAUGGUACCCACCAAAUCUCUCCCCUCCAGACCCAAUUCUCCCUUACUUUCCAUUUUACUAUUACAUCCCUCCUCCGCCUUCUUCCCUUUCCAACCCCGCUCAUUUCAAAAACCACCCCAUUGUUUCUUCCAUUUUUCUUUCCCUCAGUUUCUUCUACCUCUUCUAAAACAACCAAAAAGAUAAUCAUAUAUAAACCAGCUGGUUCAAAUGAAAAAGAAAAAGGAAAAAAAAACAUCUGCAGCUUCGAUGCGGAUCUGGCAGCGGCAAUGGUGACUGAAGCAGUUUGUCAACUUCAUGCGUAAUUUUAUGCUAAUAUGUUGUUUAUAUAUCUUAAGCUAGAUGUGGGGAAAAUAAAGAUUGUUAACUUUCCUCUUUAUUAUUGUUGUUCCAUUCUUCCAUUCCAUGUUAAUAAUAUUUCGUCUUCUGUCGAUAUUAGAUCA